AAGGAGACGCGCUACGCCCAAAGAAAACGGGUGCCAUACUCAAUGGAUGGCGACGCCAGAUCACUAAUGGAUGGUGUGCGGGCCACUCUGCAGACCCUCCCGAGCCUCUCUGAGGGCGCUGUGGACUGACAAUUUGUGCGCGGCGGCCUCUGGGCGACGGAGCCGCGCCCUUGAGCGUCGUGUGCUGUCAUCUGGCCUGAACACUCUGCCUACGGAACAGCCUCCACCACGAACAUGUCAGACUGUUUCGACAGCAGACAGCAGAAAGGCGCUGCAGGCCCGCUGCUUCGUCCGCUGCUCUGGAAGCGCUGCUCGUUCGCCCGUCGCUGCCUUCACUGUACUUCGCCAGACGUACGCCGCCGACCCUGAGCCCUCACACGCCCCCCGUUGCCUCUCUGUCGCACCGGUUCGACACAGUCGUGCUGUGCUACGAGGUGCCUGCAUCCACCAGAUGCGACUCCCGUCCCGUUCAGCGCAUCCGAGCGCAGCUAGCAGCUCUUCUAGAAGCCCCUCAAAAAAUUUAGGGGCCCAGCAAACAAGCAUGAAAGACUGACGCCGGACUGCGCAGGGGAGAUUUGAAACGCAGAGCCACCCACCUGCACGGUCCCUCAUCUUCGCCACUGUCUGCAUCCCCAAGCACAGCCGCCCCUGCCCGCUACCUGCUGUCUCUGCUGCUGUCCCCCUCUGUCACCAGCAGCUUGUGCCUUGCGAGCUGUUUCAGCGCUGCACAGCAUUCCGUCAAGAAUUCAUCUGCUCGACGCCGCAGUUGAUCAAAUCUGCCCCAGGCGACCAUGGCUCCAU